AUGCGAGCAAAUGAGAAGAAGGAUGCGGGCGAAAAGGCGGUCCCAACGAAAUACCCUUCUUUGCAGGGUGCGGACGCCAGUGAUGAAUGUAGCCGUUCAACCUUCAGGCCGGUGCUGCUCGAAGUAGCGGGCUCGCUGAGCGACACGGUGUGCCAGGAUGUCACACGGCGCCUACGACAGCACCGCAACCGAUACGCCCCCAUUCUUAGACUAGCAGCCACGCUGAUGGUACCGGCGGUGCCGGAGGUGGAACUCUUCGGUUUUAGCGAAGGUGUUGGGGUUGGUGAUGAGUGGAGCGCAAAUGACAAGAAGGAGGCAACCGAAGAAAAAGAAAAGUGUGGGCACAAUAGAGGCUGUAGCAGAAGCGAUAGCCCCAUGACAAAGAAGAGGCCGAGAGCCGAUGCCCUUAUCUCCGCCCCUCGGGCCGCUAUUACAGCAGAAAGGCGAAUCGAAGUUGUGCAUCGCCUACAUGAAAAUAAUGGUGAUAUGACGGCUGUUGAGAAGCUGGAAGCAUUUAUGGCGUAUCACUUUCUUCCACUGGCGCUGACACAUAAUUGUUGGCCGGAGUUUUCACACGCUGAGACACCAUUUGCACUUCGUCAGUAUGUGCACGAAGUGACACGCACGUCUUCGUUUCUCAUUGCGGACCUUACAGAACGUGUAGCAGCCAUUAUUGAUCCACAGUUUGAUACGUCUGUGUACGAGGCGGAUAUUUCGGCGUUACAGCUUCAAUUACGUGGUGUUGUGCUUUCGCACUGCUUCGUAGACAUUGCAAUGGGGCAUGCUGCACUGCUGGCAAAACAUCCAGAGGCGGUGCUCUUAAGCGGCACACCGUGGAUACAGGAGAUGGACACACCCGCAGAACCGUGGCCGAUGUUAUCAUUAGGCCCACGUUUGCAACUUUGCUGUGUCCCCGUGCCCUCCUUUUCCCCGGAAUGCAUGUUGGUUGAGUUGCGUUUUGAUUCCAAUCUACUGGCACUCUUUACAGGCACCGUGAUUGGCACCGAUGCUGCCCCACGUCAUGAUUUUUUUGCCGAUUUUCCGGGACUUUCUUCAACAGGUACUUCCUUGUCUCUAGAGACGGCAACAACAGUGGCGCAACGUUUUCUCAAGGAGCGUUUGUGGGACAGGUACUUUGCCCAGUCAGGUGAGAGUAAUAAUAGGCACACGCUGGAUUAUGUUGUCGUGUUUCCAUCCCACGGCGGGUAUAACAACGUGACACAUCAGCUGGAUCUCUACUGGGCGGCUCAUGUGGGCGAUCUAAAGCGAAUGAAACACUCUCGCAAGGUGCUAGACAAACUUUUGGACCCCGCAGAUUACGUCACGUACGUUCACGGGCGUCCACCACUUCCCAAGCCACUAUUAUUCUCGCAUAUAAGAGAACACAAUUUGCUCUCCUUCCCCUCUGCAUUCGGUGGAAGUGGAGCCAGACUUUUAUCACGGAGCUCUUUGCCGUCUUAUCAUUUUCCAAGUCUCAAUGAUGCUGUUGCGGCUUCCUCAGCCAUGACACCCAUCGUUCUGGACAUCAGGGACAACACGGACCACGAGAAGGUGCAUUUGAAAGGAUCUGUGAAUAUUCCAAUGAAUUUCCCAGAUACUGCCUACGGUGCCAAGAAGGCAGAAUUGUGGCUUCAGUGUUUGCUGCGACCACUUCAACCCAUUGUCGUGAUUUGCGCAGGUGAGCAACAGCUUUCGCUUGUACGAAAGCGGCUAGCAUUGAUAUCCCCGGGGGCACCAAUAGAAAUCUAUACCGCGAAUGAGCUAGACGCUCCUUCCAGUCCUCCUUUUGAAGUUGGUGCAGGCACGCAGACAGGGGACUACAUUACAGUCAAGCCUCUUCCAAUGUCCAUUAUGUCGAAUUAUUUGCCGCGUCAGCUUGUGUGGGUGACUGACUCGGACACAUGUGCCUUCUUGAGGAUUGGUAACUAUGAGCAGCUUAAGUGUAUCGAACCAUCUGAGGACACCUUGAUUCUCGACUGCCGCACCUCGUACGAGUUCAAAAAUGGCUCGCAUAAGCACAGCAUUCAUGUUUCUUUGGCGGAUCUGUGUCAGAUAACAGCUCUAGAUACGGUGUCAGCAUCCUCAUCCUCAUCAGCAUUGGCGAGAAGUACACAUGAACAGGGGACGCCGGUGGUUGAUUUUCAUACCCCAUCCUCGCAGCUUGGCCAAAUCCUUUUGGAGAAGUUAUACGAUAGCUGUAUGGCUGCGGGCAUCCGAUGUCGCUUUUUGUGUCAGGACAUCAAAAAAAUUAUUGUGUACUGUGCCGGUGGAUAUCGCUCCAUUAUUGCUGGCUCUUUGCUGCGUCGGGCAUUUGAAGCAGCCGCAGUGUCGAUUCAAGUGCAUGAUGUAGUAGGGGGCGCGCUGCAGAUCAUGAAGCAGAGGCCGGACCUCUGGACGGUUAAGGAUCGCUCCAUCAUAUGUGUCAGCUGA